AUGUCCUUUGGUGAUUUCGUUAGCAGUCUUGCUGUUGACAUUUUGGCUAUCGGAUCGAGAAUCUCAAAAGUGGUUCAAACUACAGAUGAAGCAUUAGAAGGAAUACAAUCAGGUCAGACUUUACUAUCUGGUGGAUUUGGACUUUCUGGUGUGUCUGACACCUUGAUCAAUGCAUUAUUAGAGAAGAAGGAAAUCAAUAACCUAACAGCCGUGUCAAAUAAUGCUGGUUUGGAUGGGCAAGGUUUAUCAAAGUUGUUACAAUCUGGUCAAAUUACCAAAAUGAUUGCAAGUUUCAUUGGAAUGAACAAGACUUUUGAAAAGCUGUAUUUAGAUGGUAAGAUUGAUUUGGAAUUGACUCCUCAAGGUACCAUGGUGGAAAAAGUCAGAGCUGGUGGUGCUGGUAUCCCAGCUUUUUACACCCCAACUGGGGUGGGUACCUGGGUUGAGGAAGGUAAAUUACCAGUUAGAUAUGGUGAGAAUGGUGAAGUAUUGAAAACUACAAAACCUAAAGAAACAAGAGAAUUCAAUGGACGUAAAUUUUUAUUGGAAGAUAGUAUAUUCGCUGAUGUUGCAUUUGUCAAGGCUUUCAAAGCUGAUACUUUGGGUAAUUGUUGGUUUAGAGGAUCAUCACAAAAUUUCAACACUGCUUUUGGUAAAAAUGCUAAAUUAACUAUUGUGGAAGCUGAGAACAUUGUCGAACCGGGAGAAAUCAAACCUGAAAAUGUUCAUUUACAAUCAGUCUAUGUUGAUAGAAUUAUUAAAUCUACUACACCUAAAGAAAUUGAAAUAGUCAAGUUGGCUGAAGAUCAAAAAUCACCAGAAGAGUUGUUGAGUUCUGGUAAUGAAAAAGAAUUGAAAAGGUUCAAGAUCUCUCAGCGUGCAUCUAAAGAAUUCAAUGGUUUCAAAUCCGCAAACUUGGGUAUUGGUAUGCCAAAUCUAUCUGUUGCUUUCCUUCCUGAAGAUUCUCAAGUCAUGUUACAAUCAGAAAAUGGUAUUUUGGGCAUGGGUCCACAUCCAAGAAAAGGUGAAGAAGAUGCAGAUUUAAUCAAUUCAGGUAAAGAAACAGUCACCUUAUUGAAAGGUGCUUCAUUAUUCGGUUCAGAAGAAAGUUUUGCCAUGAUUAGGGGUGGUAAAGUUGGAUUAACAAUGCUUGGAGGGUUACAAGUUUCUGAAAAUGGUGAUUUGGCUAAUUGGGGAUUGCCUGGAAGAGUUAAAGGUAUGGGUGGUGCAAUGGAUUUAGUUUCAAAUCCUCAAGCUACAAGAGUUGUUGUAUUGAUGGAACAUGUCGAUAAAAAAGGCCGUUCAAAGAUUUUGAAAAAAUGUCAAUUCCCAUUAACUGGUACUAAAUGUGUCAAGAGAAUUAUUACAGAUCUUGCAGUGUUUGAUGUUGUGGAUAAUGAUCAUUUGAAAUUGAUUGAAAUUGCUGAUAAUACCACAUUAGAGGAAGUCAAGGAAAAGACUGACGCUGAUUUUGAAAUUGCUGAUGAUUUAAAGAAGUUUUAG